AUGUUCGCUUCAUCAUCAACCUCGUGUUGUGGUGGAUUGUCUUGCGUUGUUUAUGGUUUGGGUGUGAUUCUUGGAUUGAUCAUUCUCAAGAGAGUUGUUUCAUUUAUUUAUGCUCACUUCCUCUACAAGAACUCUACCAACUAUAAGAACAAAUGGGUUCUCAUUACUGGUGCUACCUCUGGUAUCGGUGAAGGCUUUGCUCAUGAAUUUAGUAAACGCGGAGCAAACAUCAUCAUGGCAGUCAGAAGCCAAAACAAGGCUGAUUUAUUGAAGCAAGCUCUUGAAUCCAAAUACAAGAACCAAGUUGAAAUUGUUAUUAUUGAUUUUGAGACAGCAUCGCGUGAUGAUAUCAAACAAGCCUUGACCACUGCCAUCGGAACCCAAAGACAAAUUGAUGUCUUGGUCAACAAUGUUGGUGUCAAUAAUACAGACAACUGCCCAUUCCCAUUCUUGGAACAACCUGAAAGUGAUUUUGAUCGACUCAUUAAGGUCAAUAUUCAUUCUGUUGUGAGCGUUACUCGAGCAGUGCUUCCAUCCAUGACUCCUAACGGUACUAUUUUAAAUCUUUCCAGUUACACUGCCAAAUUCCCAACUCCAUUGAUGGCUGUCUAUGCCGCUACUAAAUCAUUCAUUAAUGCUUUCAGUCUCGCUCUCAAGUAUGAAUGUCCAAAGAUGAGAGUCUAUGGCCUUUCUCCUAUGUGGGUGAAAUCCGAGAUGACCAUGAUUAAGAAGGCUUCUCUCUUGAUGCCAGAAGCAAUUACUUAUGCUAAACAAACAGUGGACAAGAUUGGAUGUCCAAUUGGUAUUGAAUAUGGCUUGACUUCAACUUACUGGCCUCAUGACUUGGUUGUUUCCUUGAUUUCACUUGCUCCUGAAAGCCUGGUCAUGAGUCAAAUGAAGAAAUUCCUUUCUAGUCUCAUGAAGCGUUUGCAAGCAAAGAAGAAUGCCAAGAAGGAUUAA